CUCUCACACCUUGUCUCUCUCCAGGCUACUCUCUCUGUCUCUCUCUCCGUCUCUCACUAUCUCUGUCUCUCCCCGUCUCUCUCUCUCUCUCUUACACACGGACACUGUGUUUUGUAAACCAUGUCUCAGAGGCAGACCAAGCUAACUCAGAAACCUUUAGAGAAGAUUUGGAUUCCCUCCAUGAGUAGCAAGCUGUACCAACGUAGAGGAUCAUCCGUCCCCCAGUUCACUAACUCUCCUACUGUGAUUGUGAUGGUGGGGCUGCCUGCUAGAGGGAAGACCUACAUCUCCAAGAAGUUAACCAGAUACCUCAACUGGAUAGGAGUUCCCACUAAAGUGUUUAAUGUAGGUCAGUACCGGCGGGAUGCGACCCAGUCCUAUAAGAGCUAUGAGUUCUUCAGACCUGACAACCAAGAGGCCAUGAAGAUACGCAAGGCAUGUGCCAUUGCGGCUCUGAAGGAUGUGUGUGCCUACUUCAUGCAGGAACAAGGACAGGUGGCAGUGUUUGAUGCCACCAACACCACUAUAGAACGUAGAGAAGUCAUUCUCAGCUUCGCCAAGGAGAACGGAUACAAGGUCUUCUUCAUAGAGUCACUGUGUGACGACCCAGAGAUCAUCGCUGAGAACAUCAAACAAGUGAAGCUGAGUAGUCCAGACUACGUGGGUUGUGAUAAAGAGGAGGCGGUCGCUGACUUCCUCAAGAGGAUUGAGUGUUACAAAGUUACAUACAUAUCCCUGAACGAUGAGAAGGACAGGAGUCUGUCAUAUAUAAAGAUAUUUAAUGUGGGCAGCAGGUAUCUAGUGAACCGUGUGCAGGACCACAUCCAGAGUCGUAUUGUUUAUUACCUGAUGAACAUCCAUGUAGCACCACGUUCCAUCUACCUGACCCGCCACGGAGAGAGUGAACUUAACUUGGUGGGACGCAUCGGAGGAGACUCUGGCCUGGGCCCACGCGGUAACAAGUUUGCCAGUGCUCUAGGAGGGUACAUGCGUAGCCAGUGUAUCAGAGAUUUGAAGGUGUGGACCAGCCAUAUGAAGAGAACCAUCCAGACAGCUGAGGGUCUGGGAGUCCCCUACGAACAGUGGAAGGCCCUAAACGAGAUAGACGCAGGUGUAUGUGAGGAGAUGACCUAUGAGGAGAUCCAGGACCACUACCCAGAAGAGUUUGCACUGAGAGACCAAAACAAGUACCGCUACCGCUACCCCAAGGGAGAGUCGUAUGAGGACCUGGUGCAGCGUCUGGAGCCAGUGAUCAUGGAACUAGAGAGACAGGAGAAUGUUCUGGUGGUGUGCCAUCAGGCUGUCAUGCGCUGUCUGCUAGCUUACUUCCUGGAUAAGAGUGCAGCGGAGUUGCCAUAUCUGAAGUGUCCUCUCCACACGGUGCUGAAACUCACCCCAGUCGCCUACGGCUGUGAGGUUGAGUCCAUCUUCCUCAACAUUGAAGCAGUCAACACACACAGAGACAAACCAGUGAAUGUUGACGUGGACAGAGAACCAGAGGAGGCACUACUGACUGUCCCAGACCACAUCUAGAGGAGAGGAGGAGAGGAGAGGAGGAGAGAUACCAUAUUGCAACACAAUACGGGGAGAACCAAUGAAGUGACACCAUUGCCAUAGAGACUGAAGUGAAGCAAUAAGAGAGGCUGCUGGGAGAUGGAGUUUAAAGAAGCAGACUACAUGAACCCUACAUCUAUAAUCCUCUAAACGGUGCUAGAAAACAGUGCAACAUUUCUCUCAGUGGAACCCUGUUAGUGGAACCCUGUUAGUGACAGUAGAAUGAAGUGAAGUCAGAACUCAGAGUGAUGUGAAGUCAGAAUCAUGUGUCUGUCUGUGUGUUAGGAACAUUAGUCUGUCUGCGUGUUAUGAUCAUCUAGUCUGUCUGUGUGUUAGGAUCAUUUAUUCUGUUUGUGUAUUAGGGUCAUUUAGUCUGUCUGUGUAUUAGGUUCAUGUAGUCUGUCUAUGUUAGGAUCAUGUGUCUGUGUGUUAGGAUCAUGUAGUCCAUGGUUUCCCAAACUCAGUCCUCAGGACCCCAAGGGGUGCAC